GGUUUGGAGAUAAACAACCAAGAACAGUUCGCGGAGCUAGCUGAGAUGUUUGAAGGAUGCAAAGUUCACUACAAUGUGGAUGAAUGCAGACUGAUAUUAGCACCAUUGAUGGUUGGUUGGUAUUGGUGUCUGUAUGUGUGGGAUUUCGAAAGGCAAAUGAUUGUUGUGUUGGAUCCACUAAAUAUGAACCUUGAGAGAAAUGUACUGGCUGAAAAGCACAGGAGGUCUCUAACAUUGAUGCAUAGUGCAAUGUGUGAGUGCAGCAAAAUGUUCUUUGGAGAAAGAAUAGAUUUAGAAGACAAUUGGAAAACAGAAUUUGUCAGCAUGGUAGGAGCAAGCUGUGAGAGUUACAACACUGGGAUAUAUGUUAUGUUCUAUGCUAGGUAUUUCGAUGGGGAGUUCAUCACAAGGGUUCUGACUAAGGGUGCUAGUAGGCUGCAGAAGUUGAACAUCCUGUACCAAAUGCUAACUAUGAAUGGAAAUGAGGGUGAUCCUCCUACGUGGAUUAUGGAAAGCCAUAGCAAAAGGAGGCCUGCUGUAGAAAUGAUUGAGGGAGAAUACCUGCUCUCAGAUGCCUAA